AUGAGUGAUAUUUGGAUUCUUUGUUGGGGAAAAGGUGUUAUCUCAUUCUUGAUUCAUGUUUUCUCAGUCUGUGGAAAAGCAGAAAACAUCACCCUUCAGAAGACAGUGACCUCUACCAGGUGGCCCUGGCAAGCAGCAAUCUAUCGAACGGCCAAUGGGGUGAAGGAGAACAGUCUCCGGAAAGGGGCCUGGAUCCUUAUCUGCAGUGGGGCCUUGGUGAACGAGCGCACUGUGGUGGUGGCAGCUCACUGCGUCACUGACUUGGGCAAGACCAUCGUCCUCAAGACAGCAGAGCUCAAGGUGGUUCUGGGGAAAUUCUACAGAGAUGAUGACAGGGAUGAAAAGACCAUCCAGAACCUGCGGAUUUCUGCCAUCAUAGUGCAUCCCAAUUAUGACCCUAUAUUACUUGAUUCCGAUAUAGCUAUCAUAAAACUCUUGGACAAAGCCAGAAUCAGCAGUCGUGUUCAACCCAUUUGCCUGUCAUCUUCUCAUGACUUGACUCCAUCCGCAGAGGAUUUAAAAAUAAUGGUUACUGGCUGGAAGGUAUUGGCUGACAUAAAAGAUCCUGGAUACAAGAAUGACACAAUCCGCAUGGGAGCUGUUCGGAUGGUGGAUUCACUGUUGUGUGAGCAACAGUAUGAGGAUAAUGGGAUACAAGUCAGCAUCACUGACAGCAUGUUCUGUGCCAAACAAGACCACACAGCCUUUUCUAAUAUCUGCCCUGCUGAGACUGGUGGGAUUGCAGCCAUAACUUUGCCAGGAAAAGCAUCCCCUGAGCUAAGGUGGCACCUGAUGGGAUUAGUGAGCUGGGGUUAUGAUAAAACUUGCAGCCUAGAACUCUACAGUGGCUACACCAAAGCCCUUCCCUUCAAAGACUGGAUUGAGAAGAACCUGAAAUAAAAAGCUGUGUUUGGAAAUGGCAUUUUAUAACUAUCAUAAUAUCUCUCUCAGUCUCUCCUGCUUUAGGCUUCUCACCCCAGUGAUGAGCCACGUCUGGGAUAAGGUUAAGGCAGACAGCCUGGUAAUUUGUCCUAGGAUCAGAUGUUCCAUCAGGCUACUUUUACUUAACCCAUGACAGAGGGUCUUAGCGCAUGAGAAGUUUUGCCAUAUUUCGCCUGUCUCCCCUGGU